AUGGAUCGCCCGGAGCCGGGUCUCAUCAGGUGGUCCCCGAACGCGGGGCGAGACCUGUUUCUUCAUAUCAACCUUCAACAUCACGUCGUGCAGCUCCAUGAGCCAACAGGCUUCGCAAACAAAGGCCAAUUCGACUCAAGGAAGCUCGGCAAAUAUGACGAACUACCUCCUCUUACCACCUUUGACUGGUCUCCCUCCGUACCCGGUCUGGUCGCUGUUGGCACCUCGACCGGCGUCGUCAAUAUCUUGCGCGUUGACGACAACUCCAACGCAGUCUUGGAUCUCAACCUCAAGAUGUCCCGCACCUGUCAAGCUGUCGCCUUUAAUACCGCCGGCAAGCUUGCUGUUGCCCUGGACAGAGUGAGAAGUGACAAUUGCCUCUACAUCUGGGACGUCAACCGGCUGUCGACCAUGGAUACCAAUGCCCAUGGCUUCAGCAGUGUUGUACCCUUUACCGAUCCCAUAGAUCGUCUCGAGCCCAGCGUGUCAGUCUCCAGCGUCAGGUUCUUCGAGGACAACCCUAAUGUUCUCGUCGCCGGGAUCAAGGGGCAGGGUCUCCGGAUACAUGAUUUACGAGACCAGAACUACUUUGCCUCCUCGGCCUUGGACCAGCCGGGUGUUAUGGUUUGGGACCGACGUGCAACCAACCGCCAGAUUGCAAGGCCUUCGUACAUGGACGCAGUCAAGGAAGACGACUUGCCCUGGGGCGGAGCCUUGCGUCUGGAAAAAGCGGUGCGCGUCCUUAGUCAGGAUCCGGCCCAAGACACUAACACCUCCUACAUUCGCUCCAUUCGUUUUUGUCGAGACAAGCCUGGCAUGCUAGGCGUGCUAUCGCGGGCCGGCCAGCUCCGAAUCUUGGACACGAGACACGAAUGCGUGGAACCUAGUAACCAGUAUGAGAAUAGCCCGGAGCUACUCGAGGUGGCCAGAUCGUAUGAGAUGGAUCCUUUCUAUCUGGACCCGGCCCGCCACAAGCACGAGAAAAUCGUAUCCUUUGACUGGAUUACCAUGCCUUCACCCAUUGCCCAGGCCAGAAUGCUUGUCCUCCGGAACAAUGGCAAUUUCGAUGUAUUGGAGAAACCGUCAUUUACGUCCGAGUAUCCAUUUAAGCUCAUCCCUUGGCAACCACCCCACCGAGGAUUAGAAGGUAAAGAACCACCUGAGGAUCAACCCUACCCUUGGCUCCCCGGAGAAAACACUCACAAUCUCAAUCUUUUAGAAAGGAUAUCUUAUCAUCAAACCAUGGACUUCGAGAUCCCCCAGACCCAGGAAAUCCUAGGGCCCUUUUUGACCGAGAAGGCCUUGGCAAACAAGCGGCUAUUCGGACCAGACAAGGCAAACCUAACUGCAGUCGUUGAAGACGCCAUGCAGUCGGAUGUUUACACUGACCUCAUAGGACCAGACGGCUUUAAUAGAAUCAGCAACUUGAAGUUUCCCGAAGGAUAUUCUACAACCGCGCCGAUAGCUGAGAAGUUGGCCGCCCUGAGGAUGACGGUUGGAGAACGAUCACCAAACGGUUUGAACACGCGAGGCGAACCGUUAGGACAGCUGGAGCGGCAUGAGAACUUGCUAAUGAAACUCAUGGACCGAAGCAACUUCCCUAGAGAGGCACAAGUUAUUCUCGAUCAUACCGUCAUCUUCCGUGCAAAGGAGGGCUAUCUUUUCAACUAUAGGAGAAAUCAGCAGAUCGUAGCCGAUGACCCAUGGCUUAAGGAUAUGUGGGCUUGGAUUACAGGAGCCGACGAAGCAGCUUCAGAUGGCGGAAUGAUGUCUCAUCCUCUCGAUCUGAGCUACAUGGGAGUGUACACAUUGUGGACAGGCGAUCUUGGGAGUAAACCUCAAGCAAGACUAUCGGACCACUCACAUUCCCCUGACCAAGCUGGUUGGGAGCGUUGCUUGAACGCCAUCAACAAGAAACUGGGCCUCCCAAAGUUUGACGGUGUCGAUACGAAGCGUCCCCAACAUCGCGAGAUGUGUCUAGAGAUGUGCAAAUGGGGCCGAAACUAUGACGCGGAUUUGAUCGAUGGUCAAUCCGUAUCCAACCUGAGCAAAGACGCAUCAGUAUGGCACACCAUGGCGGCUGCCCAAGCUCUGUUCAGGGGCGAUACCAAGGGCGCUGUGCAAGUGCUCAAACAAGCCAGCACCGAUCAUCCUGAGCUCCUCUUUGUCUCUCUCGCACUACAGCUCGUAGGAAACGUCACGCAAGAGUCCGGGGACAGAAAGAGCAAGAACAACGCUGUCAAGGAAGCCCUCGACUUUGACGAACGCGUGGCCUCCAAAACCGACCCUUACCUGCGCGCAAUCUCCUCCAUCAUCGCCACGGGUGACUGGCUGACCAUCGCCAACCAACGCUCUCUCCCUCUUCGAGACCGCGUUUACGUCGCCGUGCGCUAUCUCCCCGAUGAUGCCCUCACCGCCUGGCUCCGUGCCGAGACCGAAGCAGCCAUGGAGGCGGGCAACGUUGAAGGCAUUGUGCUGACCGGUAUCACCGACCCUCUCGUUGACAUCCUCGCCCGUUACGUGUCCAAGUUCGGCGACUUCCAGACCGCCACGCUGGCGCUCUCCAUCUGCUCACCGCGCUACAUCGACGACGUGCGCGCCGCGGCCUUCCGCACCGCCUACCGCGCCUACCUCCAACGGCACCACGCAUUCUUCCUCCGAGCCAAGUUCGAUGUCGAGUCAACCAAGCGGAGCAAGCACCAGGGCCGCCCGACCCUCCGGCCUCCCGGUCGCCAAAUCGCCCUGCGCUGCGUCUACUGCGACGCCUCGACGAGUCUGCACACCCACAACAACAGCUCCUCCAAUGGCUCCAACCCCAACAGCCACUUGCCUGGCAACGCAUCCCCUAUACCAACCUUCAUGGUCCAACAUGCUGCUGCUCAACAAGCUCAAGCUCAAGCCGCGGCGGCCGCAGUCGCAGCAGCACAGCAACAACAACAACAACAACAACCAACAUCGGGAACCUCAGGUGGAGGAAGCACCACACCCAAGAUCCCCAUCCCUCCCCCGCCACCUCUGCCCGACGCCCUGCAGCUCCCGCCGGCGGCCGCCGGUGUGCAAAGCAGCAAGAACCCCUUUACAGAAAAAAUGGUGCAAGCGGGCAUCUCUUGUCCGAACUGCAAGCGCCACCUGCCGCGGUGCGUAGUCUGUCUCGAAAUCGUUGGCAUGCCGCGCAGCGGUUUACCGGGUUCAGGGGGCAAAGAAGUCUCGGGGAGAGGAGGACAUGGAGGAGGUGGACCGGGUACAGCUGGAGGAGGAGGAGGAGGGCAUGGAGGCAUGAUGGGAAGUCUUCAUCACGGCGGUCACGAUCCUCAUCAGAUGGCAGCGGACGCGACCAACAAGAGGGCAGCGAGGUUUCCGACUUUCUGUUUGCAGUGCGAACAUGUACUGCAUCUGGAUCAUGCGAGGGAGUGGUUUGCUAGGCAUCAGGAGUGUCCGGUGCCGGAGUGCAGGUGCAAGUGUAACUUUAGGGCCAAUCCGGAGUUGAGGUAUCGGUAG